UAAAUGAGUCAGUCUAAUAGAUUCACAAGUAUCUACAAAAAUUCAAAUUAAAAUUUAAAACGAUUCGUCCCCUUCGCAAUAAUCAAGUAGUUGAGUUGAGUUGGUAUUAUUCUUAAAGUCAAAAUUUUCAAAUUUAAUUUGAAUCUCUCAUAUACUUAAUCUUAUUAUGUUAAGAUGAAGAAGAAAAGUUUUCAAGUAAAAUUAGAAAAUGGUGAGGAAAAAUGAGAAGUGACGACAAAGAGUCCAGCUCCUCCCUCACGCCUCCCUCCUUCCCAUAUUCGCCUACAACUCACUCUCUCUCUCUCUCUCUGAUUAUUGUUGCUUCUUUCGAAGCGUAAUUCUGAAGCAGCAACACUCACUCACUCACAUUCGCUUUCUCUUUUCUCUUUUCGCCCCCCCCCCCCCCCCCCCACUUUACCAUACUUGUACAGCCCAGCCCAGCCCCAGCCCCAGCCCCCUCUCUCUUCUUUUUCUCUCUCUUCUUCCACCCACCCACCCACCCACAUGCCUGCACUCAUGCCACCCCCAUGAUUUUAGUCUCUCCUUGAUUCAGAAUGGAGACCAAUCCAGCAAUGGCGGCAUCUACAUUACUAGUAUCGGCAUUGUUGUUGCUGUGCCUGUGCGUGGCGUCGGAGCCCACUGAGGACAAGCAGGCGCUGCUCGACUUCCUCUCCAAGGUCCCCCACGAAGGCCGCCUCCGCUGGAACGCCUCCGUCUCCGCCUGCACCUGGGUUGGCGUCGCCUGCGACCCCUCCAACUCCUCCGUCUACUCCCUCCGCCUCCCCGGCGUCGGCCUCAUCGGCCAGAUCCCGCCCAGCACUCUCGGCCGCCUCUCGCAGCUCAGAGUCCUCAGCCUCCGCUCCAACCGCCUCUCCGGCCCCAUCCCCGCCGACCUCGCCCAGCUCAAAUCCCUCCGCAACGUCUACCUCCAGAGGAACCAGUUCUCCGGCGAGUUUCCCCCGAGUCUCACCGAGUUGACCCGCCUCACGCGCCUCGACCUCUCCUUCAACAACUUCACCGGCCCAAUCCCCUUCGCCAUCAACAAUCUCACUCAUCUCACCGGCUUGUUUCUGCAGACCAACGCCUUCUCCGGCAAGAUACCAAACAUCGCGGUGCCGGGGCUCCAAGCCUUCAAUGUCUCCAGCAACCGCCUCAACGGCUCCAUCCCCACCGCGCUCGCGGGCUUCUCCUCCUCGGCAUUCGCCAAUAACCUCGAUUUGUGCGGCGCGCCAUUGCCCCCCUGCAACCCCUUCUUCCCCGCCCCCGCGCCCUCGCCCAUUCUACCUCCCUCGCCUCCCGUCGCCUCCUCCAAGAAGAAGCGGAAGCUCUCCACCGCCGCCAUUGUCGGAAUAUCAAUCGCCGGCGGCUUACUCGCGCUCCUCCUCCUACUCGCCCUAAUUUUCCUCCUAAUCAAAAAGAGAAAAGCAAGUCACACCACGAAGGCGUACAAACCGCCUUCAACCACCACCGCCGCCGCAGCAGCAGCAGCAGGGGAGGUCGGAACCUCCUCCUCGAAAGACGACGUCACCGGCGCCUCCGCUGAAGGCGCGGAGAGGAAUAAAUUAGUUUUCUUCCAAGGAGGUGUCUACAGUUUCGAUUUGGAAGAUUUGCUUCGGGCUUCGGCGGAGGUGCUGGGGAAGGGUAGUGUAGGUACAAGCUACAAAGCUGUGCUUGAGGAAGGUACAACGGUGGUGGUGAAGCGGCUCAAAGACGUUGCCGCCGCGAAGAAGGAGUUCGAGCAGCAGUUGGAGAUGUUGGGGAAUGUGAAGCACCAAAAUGUGCUGCCGCUGAGGGCUUAUUACUUCUCUAAAGAUGAGAAAUUGUUGGUCUACGAUUACAUGCCUGCUGGCAGCCUCUCUGCACUUCUCCAUGGUAGUCGAGGGUCGGGGCGAACCCCACUAGAAUGGGACAGCAGACUGAGGAUAGCAGUAAGUGCUGCAAGAGGACUUGCCCAUCUCCAUGUGUCUGGAAAUGUGGUCCAUGGCAACAUAAAGUCUUCCAACAUCCUCCUCAAACAAGACAGUCUAGAUGCUUCCAUAUCCGACUAUGGGCUCAACCCUCUCUUCCUGAACUCGUCUCCCCCCAAUCACCGCAUCAUGGGCUACCGCGCACCUGAGGUUCUUGAAACCCGGAAGGUCACCUUCAAGUCGGAUGUUUACAGUUUUGGAGUGUUGCUGUUAGAGCUCUUGACUGGGAAGGCGCCUAAUCAGGCCUCUUUGGGUGAGGAAGGAAUUGAUUUGCCGAGAUGGGUCCAAAGCGUGGUGAGAGAGGAAUGGACAGCUGAGGUGUUUGAUGUGGAGCUAAUGAGGUAUCAAAAUGUGGAGGAGGAGAUGGUGCUGCUUCUCCAAAUAGGUAUGGCUUGCGUUGCCACCGUGCCAGAUCAGAGACCCUCGAUGCAGGAGGUGUUGAGAAUGAUCGAGGAUAUGAACCGGGGGGACACUGAUGACGGGCUACGCUCCUCAGAUGACGCACUGAGGGGAGGGUCGGACAGCCAAACGCCUCCCAUGGAGUCGAGGGCUUCACCCCCGGGUCUCACACCGUAGGUAGCUCGACUCGAGUCAAGUAUAGCAUCCGUACAAAUCUGGGUGGGAAUAAUUGGAAUGAAAUCCUGCAAGUGCCGAUGGGGAAAUAGGUUUGAUAUUCCAACGUGCAGGAUGGUCCAAGAAGGAAGAAUUGGUUAUCCCUUUAGCUCUUAUAUUCUUUGUGAAGGCCUUCUCACCUUCUCUUGUUUGAUUGUGCAAUGAUUUUUCAUUUUUUUCUUUUUUUUUGUAGAGCAUGAUAGGAUUGUUUGUUGUGGGAUUAAUUAUGUAUGUGAUCGGUUCAAGAUUUGACAGAGUCAAGGACACCAACUGUUUUUUUCU